CCACCUGUGGUCCACGCCCUCAGCUGCUGCGCGCCUGUUGCGCACAGGUAACGCGGAGCAGGAAGUGGCUGUCAAUUCCCGUCGCAAUGCAGCCGUGUUUGUGAGGAACGAAAGAGCGACUUUUUUUUUGUAUUCAAUUCUUUUUUUAAAAAACGUUUUAUUUUGUCUCCUAAGACCAGGACUCUGCACUUCUCUCGGUGAAAAUGCGGCUCCGUGAGGCGCGCGCCUUCCUUGGACUUUGGUUAUUGACCGUUUUGGGUUUCACAGAAUGUCUGCAGACGACGGUGCGGUCAGACAAAGGCGUGAUGGUGGUGGUGUCGGUGUCGGCCGCGCUGCCUUUGGAUCAGUGCUCUGUGUGUACGGUCAGCGGGGUCAACGACACGGAGACCUCCUGCCACUCCUCGAUCACUUUACCUGAGGAGGAAGUCAAGCUGCUGUUCAAUUGUUCCCAGCCUGUGGAAAACUCUUACACUGUGACACUCACUCGGACCAUUGAAUGUACCAAGGACACCUGCAGCCCUUCAACAAUAGAAGCUCAGCCCAUCCUCUCUGAGCUCUCCAGAACCUUCACCUGGGAGCUGAAGGCACCCGAGAAGACGGUGGUGAGUCUGGACAUCCUCGGGAAGGGACUGGUGGAGACGUCAAAGCCGUGCACUGACGGAUUCCAGUAUUCGGUGGCCACAUCCAAAACGAGCAGCAAGGGUCGCUCUCAGUACUGCAGAGAUGGUUCUCUGACGCGUUUAGACCUGCCCGAUCAAGCUUCCGUGUCUCUGCAGGUCAAACCAAAGGCUCAGGUGGAAUCUAUGCUGUUUCAGGCUUCUGCUGGCCCAUUAAAGGGCCGAACGAUGGUCGUAAGUGUUGAUUCCAGUACGACUGUGACACUUAGCCGUGAUCCUGAGGGACUGGAGUGUGAAGUGUGCACCGCUGAAGUUUCCCCUCCGAACUGUAACCCGACAAAAAAGACACUGACCAAAGCUGACAAGCUCUCACUGGAGUUCAGCUGCCCAAAACCGCAGGAAAUGUACAGUGUGACGAUGAUGAAGAAAAUAGAAUGCACCAAGAGUUCCUGCACUCCUGCAGCUGGAGAAGUGGAUCCCAACCUCUUUAAGGAGUUCAAACAGUCCCUGACGUGGGACAUCAAUGUCCCAGAGAGGACUGUGUUAACUUUGGACUUUCCUGGUGGUGGACUGAAGGAGAUCUCUGGAGCAGAAACCUGCAAAGAUGGCUAUCAGUACUCAGUGAGUACAACUAGAAGUGAUGGAACCAUCAAAGCUAAAAACUACUGCAAAGGCGGCAAAGUGUCCACUAUGGAUCUGCUUGGAGCGACAACUGUGACCAUUGACGUUCCCAAAGAUGGAGAACUGGAGCAGAAGGUAUUCAACGUGAAAGCAGCACCAAGAGGAGGCAGAAUGAUGUCCGUGAUUCCUGACCCCAGCACCAGCAUCAUCAUCAACAGGAUCACAGAUGAGCCAGACUGCAGUGUGUGUAUAAACGAGCCACCCAAACCCAUAUGCAACUCAAAACAACUAAGAAUCACUGAACCUCGCAACAUCUCGGUGGAAUUUACCUGUCCUCAACCUCAAGAUAUUUUCACAGUGGAGAUCAACAGAGAAAUUGACUGCACAGAAGCCUCCUGCUCUGGUGAUGCUGUUCAGGCCGAGUCGUCUCUGUUCCCAGAUUUCAACCGAAUCUUCACCUGGGACCCGACGUUUGUCUCCACUCGGGCCUUUCAAGUGGACUUCUCAAAAAAGGGAAUGCGACAGAUUCCCAAUGAGGAGACCUGUCCAGAUCAACAGACAUACUCUCUUGUCAGCUAUCUACGCACUGGGCCAGCGACCAUUGGUACCUUUUGCAAAGGGGGAACUGUGACCACCAUCCUGGGACGAUACAGGGUUCGUCUGUCUUUGGAGGUGCCCAGAGACAAGAAGCCUGACCCCGUUGACUUCAAAAUCAAUGUUGGCCCUGAGAUCAGCAUGGCGGCCAUAGUGAAAGUCAAUCUACCACGAGGUGUAUCAGACACCGACUUCACCACACCCAGCUACCCCAGCGAUUUCCCCGAUAACCAGCAGAUGCUGUGGGACUUCACGGUGCCCGGCAUGCACAACUACACGGUGCGUUUCCAGGACCACACCGCCCCUGAGUGCCUCAAUGGUGAAGUGGGGGUGGAGUACCAGAAAGAGGACAAGAAGGUGACCAAAAUGACUCUGACAGACGCUCAGCCGGUUCAUCAGCAGGGCGACUUCAAAAUGCUGCUCAAGAACUGUGAAACCAACAGGACGCUACAAGGACUCACGUUGAACUACCGAGUUUCUCUCAUGAGGAGCGGUCAUCCAGUUCUGUGCACAGUGGAUCUAAGCAAACGGCAAGUGUCCCUGCAGAUCGAGAAGGUGGGCUCUGAUCCGCACUGUGAGAUGAGCAUCAACUCCAAGGUUGAAGAGAAGAUUACCGUGGAAGCAGGCACAAAGGCCAGUUUGUCUUUCCUGGACUGUCCAAGUGAAGAAGUACGACUGACUGCCAGUCAAGUUAUUGGCUGCAAAGACGUGACGUCGUGCUCUUCGACUCUCCUCACCGUACCCAAACUGGUCCCCUGCCUGCCAAUGCCCCUCCACAGCUUCACCUGGCACCUGGACAUCCCCGCAGACAGAACAGUGAACCUGGUGUCCCGCACAGGUCUCCAGCAGUCGCUGCCUGGUCAGGAAUGUAAUCGGUCAGUGUCACUGCAUGUGAAGGAGAGGGAUGGGUUCUCUGUUGGAGAUUUCUGCUUUAAUGGAAUCAUCCAGAAGAUUCAGACGCAAGCCAACAUUUCCAUCACAGCCAGAGCCAAAGACUUCAGCAAGGGAUUCAGGGAUUCUCUCAACGUGAGCUUCACUCAGGAGAUUACAGAGACCUUUAUUUACAAAGUUGCCCCUAAGGCGUCGUCUCCGAUGCUGCUGGCCACGCCCAACUGGCCUCGGGGUAUGAAGCCCGAGUCCACCGUGUCCUGGAUCGUCGCCCUGCCGAGCCAGUACCAGGCACAAAUGCAGAUCGUCAACAUCAGCCAGCCAAAGUGCCGCGAUCGGCACACCGCCAUCACGGUGAAGAUGCUGGGCUACGAGGAGGAGAUCAUGAGCCGCAGGGAGGACGAGGAGGCGCAGGACAAGUUGUCAGUGCCGCACAGUUUCUACCUCAACAUGUCCAACUGUAAACCAGAGGAGGGAAAGUUUGGUGCCAUCACCAAAGUUGUCCUGCAGAAGAAGACCAAUCUCUUGGCCAUCCUCCUCGGGAUUGCUGGAGCUCUUUUGCUUUUGCUGAUAAUCCUGGCUGUGGUUUGUUUCGUCACAAAGAAGAAGAAAAAAGAAAGAAAGGACAAGGAGUCGUCCAUCUACAUCGGCAAAGGGAAUAUCUUCCGUCCAGGUGACAGACACUUCACCAAAACCAGAUCUGACAAUGAGUCCCACGUCUACGCCUCCAUAGACGACACGAUGAUAUACGGACAUCUGCUGGGCGACACCACCUACGCCGACAGCUUGCAGGACCACUACAACGGAAUGCAGACGGACUCUUAUCAAACAUUCACAGGACCGAGUGACGGACAGUUGCCCGUGAUCAAAGAACCGGAUCCAGAGCCCGAGCUGGAACAUUUCAACACCUUCCUGGACCCCUCGGAGAGCUUCAUCCCAUCCCGUCCGCGCACUCCCAUCGACCGGCAGGACAGCCUCGGCUUCCAGGAUCGCAGGAUGGUGGACAAUGAACUGUACACGUUCAAGAGCACGGGGGACAUAAACCCCAUCCGGCUCUCCGGUGUUGACAUGGAGCCACAGCCGCCGAUUUUAGAGGACUCCUUGUAGAGUUUUAGGACUGUGUCUGCGCGAUGGACGGCUGUUACUCUGGUUAAAGCACAGAGUGACUGAUGUGAUCGCCUGUGCCUCGAUCACACGCGGUGACUCUGAGUUUGAUUAAUGUGGCGUUUUGACGUCUUUGUCCAAACUCGGUCGUUUCUAAAGCUUCACAUGCAGAAGCUUUAAAGGAGGAGUGCGACAUUUUGAGAUGGUUUUUUGCUUUCUUGCAGAGAUUUUGAUGAAAGGAUCAACUCCACACUCUCGUAGCAAAUAUAGCAAAUAUAAAGUGACAUUCAUGGGCUAGUUUAUCAGGCUUAACCAGGCUGUGGGAUGACCGACCAGAACAAUCAUCUGCUCGCUCAUCCAAAGCUUCUAAAUUUCUUUAUUUUGUGCUGUGACUUCCUGUUCAUCACAAUAAUCUACACUCGGUCUGAUCAAAUUCUCAUCAGGAAAAAAAAGCAAAAAAAUGUCUACAAAAUGAAUGUUUAAUGUUAGAUUUGUUUAGUUUUAUUUUAAGUCUCUGAUCCGUGAUUUGAAUUCAGGAGCAGGGAAAUGUGUUUGUUUUUUUGUGAAAACAUUUGCAAAUACCUCUGGUCUUUGUUUUUAUGUGUUUUAUUGUCUUUUUUAAGAUGUGUGUUUUGUGUUUUUUUCUCUUGACUUGUAAAUACAUUUUGUUGUUGUUUUUUUUGCAAUAAAUUCUAGGUAAAUGGCUUGGUAAUGGCAGCUGUCACACACUAAGUGACAUUUAAUUUUCCUGCUUCUGCUGAAACACUGACCUUUUGGAUUCUGGACGGUGAAAACAAUGUCAACCACAGGAACGUCAGCCAUGAAAAACGGAGAGGGGGAGGGUGUGGAAGAGUUCUCCUCUUCCUCCAAUGUUUACCAAGGAAAAGUGUCUUUCACUGGAAACAAUAAAUGCCAGGUUUACAUA